GCGGCCUAUUCCCGUGCUAUGUGGAGUGGGUCCGAGGCACCUCGAGGUAUUCCAGAUACCUGGCCCUGGACCGCAAUCGGACAACGGAGAAUGCGACCCUCUGGCGGCUCGCCGAUUGCCAGGAGAAUCACGGCAAGACGGGGAGGCUGUCAGCAAAGCAGCGGUCGCUGGA